AUGGCAGAGACACACAAGAAACCCCAUGCCAUCUUCAUACCCUACCCUCUUCAAGGCCAUGUCAUCCCAGCAGUUCCCCUUGCCAUCAAGCUUGCAUCUCAAGGUUUCACCAUCACCUACAUCAACACCGAGGCCAUCCAUCACCAAACUUCCAAGGCUGAGCCUAAUACGGAACCCGACGUCUUCACCAAGGUCCGAGAAUCAGGGCUUGAUAUUCGGUACAAAACUGUAUCCGACGGGCUUCCUGUUGGGUUCGACCGGUCGUUGAACCAUGACCAGUACAUGGAAGCCCUACUCCAUGUGCUUUCGGCCCAUGUGGAUGAGGUGGUGGGCCAGAUUGUAAAGUCUGAUGACAGUGUUCGAUGUUUGAUCGCCGAUACCUUUUUUGUAUGGCCAUCAAAGAUUGCAAAGAAGUUUGGUUUGCUGUAUGUUUCGUUUUGGACAGAACCGGCUUUGGUGUUCUCCUUGUAUUAUCAUAUGGAUCUUCUAAGGAUAAAUGGUCAUUUUGGUUGUCAAGAUUGCCGUGAGGACAGCAUAGAUUACAUACCAGGAGUGAAGUCAAUAGAACCCAAAGACAUGACAUCGUAUCUUCAAGAGACAGAUACAACUUCCGUUUGCCAUCAAAUUAUUUUCAGUGCUUUCAACGACACUAAAAAUGCAGAUUUUGUUUUAUGCAACACGGUGCAAGAACUUGAAGCCGAGACUUUGUCAGCUCUACAAGCCAAAAUGGCCUUCUAUGCAAUUGGACCCAUUUUCCCCGAGGGCUUCACCAAGAGCUUUGUGGCCACUAGCCUGUGGUCCGAGUCUGAUUGCACCCAGUGGCUUGACAAGAAGCCUCAUGGCUCCGUCUUGUAUGUUUCAUUUGGUAGCUACGCACAUGUUACGAAAGAGAACCUUGAACAGAUCGCAAAUGGGCUCUCUCUUAGCAAUGUGAGUUUUGUUUGGGUGCUUCGGCCUGAUAUUGUGAGCUCUGAUGAUGCUCAUCCCCUGCCUGAUGGAUUUGAGGAAGAGGUUGCUGACCGUGCGAUCAUCAUACCUUGGUGCAGUCAAAGAGCAAUGUUGGCUCACCCUGCGGUUGGAGGGUUCUUGACACAUUGUGGAUGGAAUUCCGUACUUGAAAGUAUAUGGUGUGAAGUUCCUUUAUUGUGUUUUCCUUUGCUGACUGAUCAAUUCACUAAUAGGAAAUUAGUGGUUGAUGACUGGAAGAUAGGGAUUAAUCUGAGUGAUAGAAAGUUGGUCACUAAAGAGGAAGUUUCUAGCAAUAUUAACCGUUUGAUGAGUGGAAAAUCAGGGGACGAAUUGAAGAACACAAUCACGGAGGCGAAGAAAACGUUAGAAAAUGCCUUGUCACCCAAUGGAUCGUCAGAGAAAAAUAUGGUUCAGUUCAUCAAGGACCUAAAGACGAAGAUAAGUGAAAAGACGGACGAACCAAACAGAUCCAUAUGCAACGGCAAGUAA